AUGGACGCCGACCUUUCCACGACGGGUAGCCUGGAAAGACAGCCGUCCCAUGGUUACGCAUCGUCAGGCUCAGAAUCAAAACGACCGUCUGGUAGUUCGGGCAAGAAGCGAGCGUCUCGAGCAGGAACCCGUAGCGUGACAACACUCUCUGCUGCUCAACUUGAGCGCAAGAGAGCGAACGAUCGCGAGGCUCAACGUGCUAUCCGGCAAAGGACCAAGGACCAUAUCGACAUUCUCGAAAGGACUGUAAGCGAGCUUCGUGGGACAAAUGAGUCCAGCGAGAAGAUUGUAGCUGUCACUCGACAACGUAACUUUGAGCUUGAAGAGGAGAAUACAUUUCUGCGUAGUAGACUCAACGACGCUGCUUAUCGAGGAGCGGAUACUAGCGAUGUACACGGAUUGUCUGAACCCUCUGCCGUUUCGGCGCAUGCGACAUCGCCUGCGACAGCACUUUCAACAACGGGAUCAAGCAUUCAGCGACCAAGCUCAACCUCAAGCCCAAGAAGUCUAUCCGUAACCACGGCGUCACAGUCAUCGAACUCUCGCCAUAGCUCUUUUCAGCAGAUGGGUCAAUUUCCUGGCAGUGCACCCAGCUCUUUGCUUCCUGUCUCGAGCUCCAGCACAAUGACGACACCCACUGCUUUGACUGCUUGGAGAUCGCAUGAUGGAAUCCCAUCUGCGCAAGUGCCCCAAACACAGCAGGCUUCAGCGUAUCAUCUUGCGGACUCAUCUUCAAGGCCAGAGUGGGUUCCUACAACACAGCACUAUCAGUACUCUUCCGCUGCUGUUGCGCAGCGACCGCAACAAUACGAACAGCAUCAAGCACCGCCAGGCUCUGCAUCAGGAAUGGCCCAGCACUAUGUGCAGACCCCAGUAAUGCCAUACACACCGAUGCAUGCUCCGACAAUCCAGCAGCAGCAGCCUUACCAUCCUCCCCAGCUCCCCCCUCAAAGCGAGUUCCAGAACAUGGCAGUGUCGAGUCCUGCAGCGUACAAUGUACCGCCAUACCCACCAGGCCAACCGCAACAGGCAUAUGCCACACAGCCGCAACCACAAAGCUAUCAGCAGCAGCCCGCUUCGUUACAGACUAACCCUGUGCAGAUGUCACCAGCAGGCAGCGUAUAUUCGCCGGCUCAUUCUCAAAUGCAGCCACCGCCUCUACCUCCCACUUCUUACGCGCCAAUGACCGCAGACCGACAGUAUGCUCCUCAACAGCUGCACCCGCCGUUGCAGUAUCCACAGGAUGCAGCCAGUCAUGGCUAUAGUCUCACGCACUAUCCCUCUGGAUGA